CAGCCAGUGUGGGUUUUAUUUAUGGAAGGGUAGUUAUUAUGGAUUAGAAAGUUGUCUUUAAUGAUAAUUAAAUGUUAAAUGUACUCUGCCUGAGGUCCUGCCUGAGGUCAUCUCAUUAGUACAGAGACAGACAUGUUUAGAAUCCACAUUGAUUUGAAGGUAAUGAUCUCAAUUUAUCAAAACAGUAGUCAAAGGAAGUCUUAGCAGAGCAAUAGGCCCAACUCCCUCUCAAUUUCUCUCUUCUCCCCCUAGGCAGGUCUUGGCAGAUCGCCGCCGUAUGGACGAUGAGGAGGAUGAUGUGUUUGAGCCAGACUCCCACUGCUGGCGCACAGCCUUCAGGGAGAUAAAGUACGAGGACAGGGGAACCCAGACACCCAGCCCUGUCCUGCCACUGCCCAAUAAUAUGCUACCCUGCGGGGUGGCCCAGGAGCCCAGACUACUCUUCUACGGCAACGCAGGCUUUCGAUUGCACUUCCCAGCGCAGUUUGAGCGUGUUGGAGACCAGGGGCCUCUGGGAGAGCGAGGGGGGAUGGAGCGGCUCAAUCGGCAGCCCCAGCUGCCAGCACGCAGCAUAGAGGUCUGCAUUGGACAGAAACUCCAACUCAUCGGAGACCAGUUCCACCAAGAACACCUUCAAGUGUAUCACCGAAACCAAAGGAACAUGAGGCCCUUGUGGUGGCGCCUGGCCUCGGCUCUGCUCACCCUGCUGUUUGAGCAGGAGGCCAUCGCUGGAGGGGGGAGAGCAGGGUGGAGGUGAUGGAGAGGACCAGCCCAUCCCAGACUACCCCUCUCCCACAGGAACUGGACUCCAAAUGGCACUGUCAAAUUUAACACGGGUCUGUUGGGGAAAAAUUACAAAAGAGAAAAGGUCCCCGCGGGACGGAGACAACCAUUUUUUACGAGGUUGUUUUUUUCCAAGAAGAUGCCAUGUUGUUUCACGAGAUUCCUCUACUGGACGAUGUCCGUAUUUUGGUAAUUGUUUGAUGUAGUAUUUUGUACAGUACAUUAUUCCUGUUGAAUUUGUUUGCACUUCCGUAUGUGUACAUCUUGAAUGACCUCCAUGGUCCCGGGAAUGCCUUGUCAAUGUCUUCUACCACAACCCAAUGACUGUUGACAAGAACCAAGCAGAAGAAAGAAAGAGAUGGAGGGAUCUGAAGAAGGGAAAGAAGAGUGGUUCAUAGGGUUUUCUUUUCUGAAAUUUCCAGGAAAUAAUUGGUCAAACUUGAUAACUUACUAAUUUCCAAAGAUGCAGUCUCUCAGAACAAAGCAGUUUUCACCUCAACCUUCUCCUCAAUGGGGUUGUGUAUACUGUUAUAUUACAUGUUGAUUAUUCUUUGCUCUUCCAGUCACUUUUAUUGUUUUGAUUUCAAUAAUUGUUUUCCCAUCGUCACCAAAAAUAAUGAAACAUCCAGUGGCUUCCGAUGUGGUAAAUGCCACUUUGUGGUGUGAAGGUAGAUACAGUACAUAGCCGCGGGAAAUAGGGGUGCUGCAGCACCCCCUGAUAAAAAAGUGUGUAUAUAUAUAUAUAUAUAUAUAUAUAUAACAUUUGUGAACUAGGCCUUUAUUACUGCUGUAUUAGCAGAGAAAAAUACUCUUUAGGACCCCCACCCCCCUUCAACAGCACUCCCAAAACAUCUACCCGCAGCCAUGAUACAACUUCCAAAGCAAAAGUGGAUCCCACGAGUUACUCAAAGAGAACACCAGGUUUUCAAUCAUAGUUUAUUUCAUAGUUAUCUUUUACUAAUUUCAUAAAUCCCCGAACUGGACCCCAGACAUUGUAAGAGAUUGUGCUGAUAAUUUUUUUUGUUUUAAGACUACCAGGCCCUUCAAGUGGAGCUAUGUAUCCACACUGUUUGCACUAUAGUACAUCAGUCAGGAGUAGAUUCGGUUACAAAGCCAACCUCUGUCAUUUAAUGAAGGUUUUUAACUGUAUCUGAUUUGCAAUGGUAACAUUACAAUGUUUUCAUUCACAUGACUAAGCUGUAUCUUCCCAGGAAGUGACUGAAUAUGGCCUGUUAUCAUUAGAAUAAAACAUCUGAGGUACAAGUGAUGCUGGUUAAAUGAAUGCCUCAUUGAAAUUCCAAUGUUUUUUAGCCCUCCAAUCGAUGUGCUCUCUAACCCACUGUCAGAGAUGCACUCUGUAUUCUGGACACCAAAACAAACAUGUGAAACAUCUUCCCUCCUCUCAGGAUUCUUGCAUGGGCUUUUAUAUAUAUAUAUAUAUUUUAACCUGUGGAGUGAUCUUGUAUUAGUUCUUUGUCCUCAGAUCCUGUGGUGUAACUUUUGAAUAGAAAUCACCACUGAUAAUCCAAUUGACAAGAGAACGUGUCUGAGAUUAGAAAUGAACUGGUAGUAUGCAAGACUGUAAUUACUAUUGAAAUAUGAAUCUUUUUGAAGACA